CAUAAAUUCUUUCUACGGCUGACAGUUGCACAGUUCACAUGUUCUUCAUCCUGUGGUGUUUGCAAUGUUAGCGGCCAACAUCACAUUCGUGUUGAAGCAUGUGGCUGAACAACACACAUUCGACAAAAGGUCCGCCAUUUUGACGCAACGCAGGGAGCCGCCAUUCCGUUAAUACACCAACUUUAGAACAAUGCAUGUUGUGCGGUGUACUGUGUUCGUAUUAUUGUGUCUGUGAUGCUGUGUGUGUGUUUUAUUUAACAGUACGUAACUGACAGUGUUCCUGAUCUAGUCCACGCAUCCAAGUAAAAAUGUUAAUACAGUUCCCUUAAUAUAAAUAAAUAGACUAAAGAGAGAUAAAGGUGAAUACACUGACCACGGAUUCGAGAAAGAAGUAGUGAGUGAAAAAGAAAAAGAAAUGGACACGAAAAACGAUGGACGUAGUGACGACAUAGAAUUAAGCGCGCAAGGAACUAGUAAAAAACCUAGUGAAGUGGCAAUCAAAUCCGAUUUACCUGAACGAGGAUCAUGGGCCAGUAAGCUUGACUUCAUCCUUUCUGUCAUCGGUCUGGCCAUUGGUCUUGGCAAUGUUUGGCGGUUUCCCUACUUGUGCUAUAAGAAUGGAGGAGGUGCUUUCCUUAUACCCUACUUCCUUACCCUUAUCCUGGCCGGCAUACCUAUGUUCUUCAUGGAAUUGGCGAUGGGACAGAUGCUUACUAUUGGUGGAUUGGGAGUAUUCAAGAUAGCGCCAAUUUUUAAAGGUAUUGGAUAUGCGGCAGCGGUGAUGUCCUGUUGGAUGAAUGUUUACUACAUCGUGAUCCUCGCUUGGGCUAUCUUCUACUUUUUCAUGUCUAUGCGAUCAGAUGUCCCAUGGCGAACUUGCGACAACUAUUGGAACACUGCCACUUGUGUGAACCCCUACGACAGGAAGAACCUCACGUGCUGGUCGUCACCGGUCGACAUGAGUACAUUCUGCAUGCUCAAUGGAAAGAACAUCAGCAAAGCUGUCCUAUCUGACCCCGUCAAGGAGUUUUGGGAACGCCGCGCUCUUCAAAUUUCGAGUGGCAUCGAGAAUAUUGGCAACAUUCGUUGGGAACUGGCUGGCACGUUGUUGCUUGUGUGGGUUCUCUGCUACUUCUGCAUCUGGAAGGGAGUCCGCUGGACAGGAAAGGUCGUGUAUUUCACGGCUUUGUUCCCUUACUUCUUGCUUACUGUGCUUUUGAUUAGAGGUAUUACAUUGCCCGGCGCGAUGGAGGGUAUCAAAUUCUACGUAAUGCCCAACAUGAGCAAGCUUUUGGAGUCUGAAGUGUGGAUAGAUGCUGUCACCCAGAUCUUCUUCUCCUAUGGCUUGGGAUUAGGCACUCUCGUCGCACUUGGAAGUUAUAACAAGUUCACAAAUAACGUUUACAAAGACGCCCUUAUAGUAUGUUCUGUGAACUCUAGUACGUCAAUGUUCGCUGGAUUCGUAAUAUUCUCUGUGGUCGGCUUCAUGGCUCACGAGCAACAACGGCCCGUCGCAGAAGUCGCUGCGUCUGGACCCGGUCUUGCUUUCCUCGCGUAUCCGUCAGCCGUACUUCAACUUCCCGGUGCUCCACUCUGGUCCUGUCUGUUCUUCUUCAUGCUGCUGCUAAUUGGCUUGGACAGUCAGUUCUGUACUAUGGAAGGCUUCAUCACAGCUGUUAUCGAUGAGUGGCCAAAACUCCUCAGACGAAGGAAGGAGAUCUUCAUAGCUAUUACCUGUGUAAUAUCUUACUUGGUCGGGUUGUCUUGCAUUUCUGAGGGCGGGAUGUAUGUGUUCCAAAUUCUCGAUUCCUACGCUGUAUCCGGAUUUUGUCUCCUAUUCCUGAUAUUCUUCGAGUGCAUCUCCAUAUCUUGGGCUUUCGGCGUGAACCGGUUCUACGACGGUAUCAAGGAAAUGAUCGGAUACUAUCCUACAAUCUGGUGGAAGUUUUGCUGGGUUGGAUUCACACCUGCUAUAUGCAUUAGCGUGUUUAUUUUCAACCUCGUGCAAUGGAAGCCGAUUAAGUAUAUGAACUACGAAUACCCUUGGUGGUCUCACGCUUUCGGCUGGUUCACUGCAUUGUCUUCUAUGCUGUGCAUCCCUGGCUACAUGGUCUACUUGUGGCGUACCACUCCUGGGACUAGGCAAGAGAAAUUCAACACGAUUGUCCGAAUUCCUGAGGACGUUCCAUCUCUGAGAACCAAAAUGCAGGCGGAGGAGCUAGCGAAGCACGGAAAAGCUUAAACUAUAUCUGUUACUUAGACCUUAUGGAUCUCAAGGAGAUGAGAGAAAUGUAUGUGAAAUAAGGCAGAGAUUCUAUGCUCUUGCAUGAUUAAUUUAAUAAUACCCAUUAUGUCGAAUGCCACCUUGGAGGUAUUUCACUUAUUUUUAACAAGUCAUGCGAUGCAGUUGCAACAGCAAAAAAAUUUAAGCAGCGCAAAUAUUCAGAUUUAGAGAAGAACUGUACUUUAGAGCUGCUUUGAGUUAAAGCCAUAAAAUCUUGGAAGCUGAAGAGACUAUCAGACCAUUUAAAAAAAUCUCUGAUCUAAGUGAUCAGAGAUAUUGUCUUUGAAAAUUUGUGUUAUUUUUUUUUAUGAACUACCUGUUAUUUAAAAUACGAAGCAAUUAAAUAAGCAAUUAUCAAUAGUGGUUGAAGCUUUUUUAAUUAUUAAGUGCUAUAAUUUAAACAUGCAAGAGUAUUUAAUAUCAAGAAAAUGGAUAAACAUAAUAUUCUAAAAGAUCACGCACAAAUUUUUAACACAAUUAGAUGUGCCAUAAUUAAAAAAAAAAAAAACAUAUUUUUAACGUAUCAUACCUAAUACUAAGUUAAUAUACCUUUCUUCUCAUACAAUGAUUAGAAACUUAAUGGCUUUAAUUUUAUAGAAAUGUAUUAACUAUAUACUCCAGUUAUUUAGACAGUCAUUAUUAUUGUAUAAUUUAUGGAUAUAUAGAUUUAUUAGACCGUAUAUGAAUUAUUAUAACUGUAGCAUCUAUCGAUGGUUUUAGGCAGAUAACCAUACUAACCUAGUUGAGUUAUUUUGAUACAAAGAAUACCACCACAUCUUCAGUAUUGAUGGAAAACGAUACAUUUCGGUUUUACAAUAUUACUAAAAUACAAAAAACGAUUCUGGGAAUAACUCAAGCUAGAAUCUAAAAUACACAAUUAAGUUUUCUUAGGAUAUAUUGACGACUUUUGUUGGGUGCGUCGCGACGCGUUCAUGUAUGUUUAUAUUUUACGAUAUAUUUAAGGAGCGAUGUUAAAACUAUUAAUGUUAAAUAAAUAUUAAGUGUACGAGUGUUUUAACAGUUUACUAUUAUCGUCUUCCAUAUAACUAAAUCAUUUAGAGGUUUAUUAUCUAUAUUGUAACUAUUACUGUCAUGUUUUUAAUAAAGAAAAAAAAUAUAUAUUUGAAUGUUACCAAUUGACUAUGAGUCUUUAUAAUCUUAGUUAAAUCUUAACUAUUAUCCGUUGUAACUAAUGAUUUUACGGUAAAAUAGGUGAAUAUACUUAAGAUUAAUUGUAAAAACAUAAUUACAAUUUCUCUUAUGUUUAUUUGAAAUAACAACGAAGUAUACAUAAAUGAAUUACUACAUUUCAAAAGGUUUUAUAUUAUAUUAUCCAUUUUAUUCGUAUAUGUUUGAAAUCUUAUUAACUAUUGCCUAAAAAAAUAUAUACUUAGCAUUCAUAAAAAUAUAAUUAUAAACGUGAGUAAUGUUAAUUGUUAUCUAUAUAUGAUGGAUUUGUGUGUUAGUAUCAAUGUUUAGAUAUUAGGUUUUGUUUACCACGAAAGUAAAAAGCAAUGAGAUAUUUUGAAUCUAUGGUGUUGUACGUAGUAUAAGGUGGUGAGAAUAUUAUAGCUUUUGAUGUAUUUAAUCAGAGUUAAAUCUAUAAACGGCUAUUGCUCUAUAAUAUUAUAAAAAAAAUAUAUUCUAGGCCUAACAUAUAUCACUCGUGUAAGGUUUUAAACAAUAUUAAUAGAUAUGUGAGUUACACUGUCUUUGAUGUUAGGUUGUUAAGAUAUACCUACCUAUUUCUUUGUCUUACAUUUUGGUUUGUCAGCUUUAAUUAUUAUAAUUGUCACAAUAAAUUUCAAAUUUAUUAAAUCUUUAUACGAUGUGUAUCUUUGAUUAAGAAUCAUGAUUUCAGUAUUUGAACAAUUGCAUGAAUGAGAGUUAAUUGAAAUCUAUACUAAUGAAAUAAGCGUGAAUUUCUGUGUUCCGAACGAGACCAAACCUCUUUACAAGUAAAUCUAUUUUACAUACAUAUGUAGAUUUUUUAUAAUAAAAAAAAAACCUUUCGACAAAAAUUUACAUAAUAAAUCGUCUACGUAUAUCCUUCAAAUAAUAUUAUGGAUGACUUAAAAACUAUAUUAGCUAUCUCUUAUUUUGGUACGGAAUUAUUGAAAAAAAAAUAUAUAUUCAAAUUUUUUUCUAGAAAGUAACAGAGUUGAUUUAAAUCAAUUGACAAUGUUAUUCAUAAAAUAUAAUAUUUGGUUUAUUUUAAUCCACUUUUAUGCAUAUUUUAUAUAGUAAUAUUCUAAUAAAAUUUGAGAUGAAAAUACAUUUAAACAAUACAACAUAUGAAUUUAGAGUGUUCAAACUAAAUGUAAUAAUGAAUCUGUGUCUAUUUGUAACGUCAAUUUCUAUAUUUAAAAUUAUAAAAAAAAAAAAAAAAAAAUAUAGUGAACAUUCGUAAUUGUUUAACAAAAA